UUGGCGCGCGUAGAGCAACCACCGAGCAGGCGAACCGCUUCUACGCUGGCUGUUGAAAGGCUGCGUUUGUUGUGCCUACAGGGACAACCAGGGUAGAGGAGAAUUCGCCAAAGUUGACAGUGAAAAAUAUCAUCUUCAUUUUACAUGCUUUUCACAUAAACAAAUCACCGUGCGAAAGUGUAAGCAGCCAGCAACGUGAACCCAUUGGAGUACUACAGGUGGUUUAGUCAAGUUUAGUGGAGGUGCAAUAAAAAAGUUUUUCAUCACCACUCUUCUGCUUCUGCUCCGACAUAACAACGUGUGGACGGGGUUGGUUUGAUCAGUCGAUAGUUUAUCGUACUCGUCGAAGUCGAAGUUUAUCAAACAGUCUCAUCGGCAGGCAUUUCGGUUCGGUUCCGGGAGCCAGACUAAACAAAGCGACGUCGAUAAUCUGCUCAAUCCUCAGAGAUUCCUCAUUUGGAAAACUCCAGCCCCUCCAUGGCGAGCGCUGGCGAAAAGUGUGAGAAAGUGCCCGCCAGCGUUAUCAUCACUUGCUAACAGCGAGCAGUAAAGGUUCGGUGAGUGAGGAGUGGAAAGAGAAAUAAAAAGGCUACAAAAAAGGGGAAAUCUGUGUGCUGGAAAGUGUGUGCUUUUGGAGAAAGGAAAAUCGACCGACAUUGUGGAAAACGCGUGUGGCGAAUAGUGUGUUGAAAAACAAAGCGUGAAAAUGUAACUUUUGUGCGAGUCAGAAGAUAACGUGAUACUGAGUUUUUUUGAUUUUGUUGUUGCACUUGGUUCGUGUUAAGUUAUUCCACUGGAAAUGAAUAAUAUUCAUCAUUGAAGCAGCAUCCAACAGAGUGUGGCAUGAAUCCAAAUUUUGGUUUAUAAAAAUUGCUUUCAAUCGUUAAAUUUCAACAGAAACCAUUUCCAAUUCGGAGGCUUUCGAAAAAGAAAAUCGUUCAGCUGUAAUAAGGAUAAUAUAAGCAAGUUUGUUUUUGGUACGGUGGUUUAAGUUUAAUGAGGUAUUAAUAAAACAAUUGUAAGGGGCUUCCAAAAUCAUAAAAAGGUAAAGGCGCGGAUUGGAUACACACUUAGCAAGUGUUUGCUUUCUGGUGACUGAAAGUCCGGACUGAUGAGAUUUUAAAGGAUAUAUUUAAAUUGUAGAUGAGAAAUAUAGCAGCCACAACCGUCAUCAUGAAGCUAUCCGAGAGUAAAUCCGACACCUCCAUUAUUGCCAACCUGUACAAAUCGAUCAACAACAGCUACCGGCGGCUAUCGAACACGAGCAAUGUGCUACACCGCAUACCGGAAAUGGAGAUCCCCAACAUGGCGAUCGCCGAUGAGUACGAUAUCGAGAAGAUGAUCGCCGAGGGUUGCUUUGCAAAGAUCUAUCUAGCACACCAUCGGCCCACUGGCACGACCGUAGUCCUAAAGGCAAUUCACACCGAGCUGACAAGUCUGAAGGAGUUUGUGCGCGAGUUCCACUACAACUAUCAGCUCAGCCACCACCCAAACAUCCUCAGCUGCUAUCAGGUAAAGUUUCAGACAAAGGAGUAUUAUGUGUACGCGCAGGAGCACGCCCCGUUUGGCGAUUUGGCGGCCAACGUCGGGGCAAGCGGGUUACCCGAGAGCAGCUGCAAAAAGAUCGCCGAACAGCUCAGUUCGGCGCUUGGUUUCAUGCACCUAAAAUUGCUCGUUCACCGCGAUUUGAAGUUGGAGAACGUGCUGGUCUUUACGCCUGAUUUUUCCCGCAUCAAGCUAUGCGACUUCGGUUCGACGACACGGGAAGGUGUGCUGGUGAGCAAAAACAACAAAACCUGGACGGCGUUCCUACCGCCCGAGGUGCUGGAGGUGGUCAAGAACGAACGGUUCAUCUGCAAGGCGUCGUCCGACUCGUGGCAGUUUGGCAUCGUGCUGUUCGUUUGUCUGACUGGGGCAACACCUUGGAAGUCGGCCGACUGGGUGCGGGAUACCAAGUACGCAGCGUUCAUGAAGUAUCAGAAGCGCGAAACUACCAAAAUUCCGGACAACUUCCGGCGGUUCACGCCCCGAUUAUUGCGUGCUUUUCGGCGCAUCUUUGACCACCGGGACGAGGAUCGGGCGAAGGUGACGGACAUCAUGAAGUACAUGAAGAAUCGAUGGAUGGAUGGCAAGAUCACGGUGUCGAAGUCGGCUUCCAACAUUGCCAGCGUGGGCCAGCCCCAACAGUGCCCGCAUCCGCACCAGCAGCACACCAACUCGGACCAGGACUCGGUGAAGUACAUCAACCAUCGCGAAAGCCGGAACUCGUUCGAUGGGAAGCUGCGAGCACGCCGCAUGACCAGCGUUGGAGCGCUCACGCCCGACUCGGUGCCGGGCUCGAUGAAUCUAGCCGGGGUGGAUCACCAGGAUGCCAUUCGAAGCAAGGUGUGGGAUUGGUUGGAAUCGAACGAUCUGAGUGCGAGCGGCAGUGUGGACGAUCUUACGUUCUGGAGCACCAAAGAUACGAAAACGUUGCAGCUACAGCAUCACCAGCAGCAGCAGCGGCGCCAAAGUGUCGGUGGCCAUCUGCUCCAGCCACAUCACCAGGAUCUGAUCAGCUUCAGCGAAUCUCACAGCACGGUUAGCUUUCUUCGCGAAACGCGAACCAUCACCGGCGGUGGUGUGAAAAUGUUCAAAUGAAACAACCCCUAGAACCUCAAAUUCCACCCAAAACGUGUGAAACGUGAACCGACAGUACACAAAUGAACAAUACUCCUCCAAAAUCCCCUACACAUACACAUCAAUCGUAGCGCCGCAUAGGUUCUGACUUUCCAGGACAGUCAUGUCGGUAGAGUAGGUAGAUAGGUACAUGUGAUUAUAUUAAUUAUGUGUGUGAUAAUUGCCAAAAAGUACGAUAGUAGAAUCUUACAUCCUUGUGAAAGGUUUCGGUGGGAUGUCCGCCGAGUCCGGAACUGUUUGCCCAUCAAUGUACGUACAUUGCUGUGCAGCAAUUACUAUUUCGUAGAAACAUUUAAGAGUUGUAAACCUUUGGAAGAUACAAAAAAAACCUCCAAUAACGCAAUGAGUGUUUGCAGAAUGAACAGAAAUGAGAAUUGUACGUCUUUAGUAAACACAAGUGAGCAUAUAAAUGAUACAAAAAUGGUUUUUGAAUGAAACAUAAUGCAAAAGGAUUGAGCAAAGAGAAUAGAGAACAUAAAGAGAAAAAAAAGAUCAAAUGAAAAACAGGGAGAAGCUAGUCACCUAGUGUGUGUUUUUUAGUAAACGUGAUAAUGUAUGACCGAGGGUAUUUAUACAUACAAUAUACUCAGAUAUACUGAGCUGUAUACAUAUAUAUUUAAAAUACUGUGUUAAGAACGAACAGGAUGUUGUACAUGAAGGAGCUAGCGUAAUGAGAUCUUUCAUUCGAAUCAUUUCAAAUUCUUAAGAAUACGUCGAACCUUUCUGCAAUGUGUAGCAGGGUAAGUAGCCAACCAAUCUGCUCAUUGGUAUAUUAAUUGCGCUUCAUGUAAGUGUUACCUUGUUUGUGUUUUACAUAGCGUGAGUUAAAACAAUAAUAGCGUGACUGGAACCAGAAUCAGAACCAAACCAAACCAAACAAACAAACAAAACAAAUACUGAGAGUUGAAAACCUCUAAAUGUAACCUAACGUACGAAAACCAAACCUUAACGUAGUGUAUGGAAAGAGAAACUAAAACGAUAACGCGAACAAGCUCCAAGCAUUAUUCAGUAAACGAUGCAAUAAUAGAUGAAUACUGUAGGGAAAGUAAGGGGAUCAAAAACAAACCUAAUACGAUGGUGUAUUGAAACUACAUUUUUACCAACCUCUGUAACACUCAAGAACAAAAUACAAACAAAAGCAGUGUAAAAAUAAUGCGUAAUAAUGUGGAGUAGGUUUUUAAUGAAGUAGAGUCACUCUUUUGAAUGAUUGAUGGUAUGCUAAUGAUUGUACAUAUUGCGGUAAGCAUGUUCAGCGCCAAAAUGAAUGACAGCUGUCUAGUCGAUUAAUAAAGUAUGUGAUAGUGAAAGAAUUGAAUACAAACAAUAUUUUCCUUGUUA